AGGAAAGACCAAGAUAUGGACACAGAAGCAGGUUUCAGCGAGCUACCGCCGGGCCUGGGAUUCGAACCUAGUGGAAUCAGAAUCCAUUACCCAACCUUGACCCUACCAAAACAGACUAGUGGGUCAAUCGGUCGGGUCGCGGCGGGGGGCGGGGCGCCCCUUGCCCUGCGGAGGACGCCGAGGGCCGCGCCGCGCCGCCCAUUGGCUGCGGCAAGGCAGGUGCACCCCAGCCAAUCAGCGGGGCCGGGGGCGGGGCCUUCGAGGCUCACCUGGCAGCCGGGGCGCAGCAGGCUCAGUGGCGUCGGGAGCCGCAAAGCACCUGUGAGUUCGCGGAAGUCCGCUCCAACUCUAGCCCGGCCCAGCCCGGCUCGACCCGACCGCGCCAGGUCCCUCCUUCGCUCGGCACCUCGGCCCGCCAUGGGCCCUCAGUGCCUCAGGUUCUCCGCACUGCUGCUGUUGCUGCAGGUCUCAUCGCAUUUGUGCCAGCAGUCCGAGCCCUGCCAUCCCGGAUUUGGCGCGGAGAGCUACACUUUCACCGUGCCCCGGCGGCACUUGGAACGAAGGCGUGUCCUCGGCCGAGUGAGUUUUGAAGGAUGCACCGGUCGACCAAGGACAGUGUAUUUUUCUGACGACUCCCGAUUCAAAGUGGGCACAGAUGGUGAGAUCACAGUCAAACGGCCUGUACAACUUCAUAAUCCAGAGAUCAGUUUUCAGGUCCAUGCCUGGGACUCCACUGGCAGGAAGUUUUCCACCAAAGUUACCCUGAAGGCAGUGGGACACCACCGCAACCACCACCAUCACGACUCUUCCUCUGGAGCCCAUGUGGAAGUGCUCACAUUUCCUGGCUCCCGCCAAGGUCUCAGGAGACAGAAGAGAGACUGGGUUAUCCCCCCAAUCAGUUGUCCAGAAAAUGAAAAAGGCCCCUUUCCUAAAGACCUGGUUCAGAUCAAAUCCAACAGGGACAAAGAAACCAAGGUUUUCUAUAGCAUCACUGGUCAAGGAGCCGAUUCCCCCCCUGUUGGUGUGUUUAUUAUUGAAAGAGAAACAGGAUGGCUGAAGGUGACAGAACCUCUAGAUCGAGAAAAUAUUGCCAAGUACACUCUCUUCUCUCACGCUGUGUCAUCAAACGGGAAUGCAGUUGAGGACCCAAUGGAGAUUGUGAUCACGGUGACAGAUCAGAAUGACAACAAGCCUGAGUUCACCCAGCAGAUCUUUAGGGGAUCUGUCAUGGAGGGUGCUCUUCCAGGAACCUCUGUGAUGCAGGUCACAGCCACAGAUGCAGACGAUGACGUGAACACCUACAAUGCAGCCAUCGCUUAUACCAUCCUCGACCAAGAGCCCCAGUUGCCUGACAGGAUGAUGUUCACCAUCAACCGUAUCACGGGAGACAUCAGUGUGCUCACUACUGGGCUAGACCGAGAGAGUUUUCCUGAGUAUACCCUGACGGUUCAAGCUGCUGACCUUCAAGGUGAAGGCUUAAGCACAACAGCAACAGCCGUGAUCACGGUCACUGACAUCAACGAUAACCCUCCUGUCUUCAAUCCCACUGUGUACCAGGGUCAGGUACCUGAGAACGAGGCCAAUUUCCUCAUCGCCACACUGAAAGUGACUGACACUGAUGUCCCCAAUACUCCAGCUUGGCAGGCUGUGUACACCAUAUUGAACGAUAAGGAGGGGCAGUUUGCUGUCACCACGGACCCAGUAUCCAAUGAUGGCAUUUUGAAAACAGCAAAGGGCUUGGAUUUUGAGGCCAAGCAGCAGUACAUCCUACAUGUGGCAGUGACGAAUGUGGACCCCUUUGUGGUCUCUCUGACCACCUCCACAGCCACCAUCACUGUGGAUGUGGUGGAUGUGAAUGAAGCCCCCAUCUUCGUGCCUCCAGAGAAGAGAGUGGAAGUGUCUGAAGACUUUGGCGUCGGCCUGGAAAUCACAUCCUACACAGCCCGGGAUCCAGACACGUUUAUGAAUCAGAAGAUAACGUAUCGGAUUUGGAGGGAUGCUGCCAACUGGCUGGAGAUUAAUCCGGACACUGGUGCCAUUUCCACUCGGGCUGAGCUGGACAGAGAGAAUGUAGAUCAUGUGAAGAACAGCACGUACACAGCCCUCAUAAUAGCAACAGACAAUGGUUCUCCAGUUGCUACUGGGACGGGAACACUUCUUCUGUUCCUCUCUGAUGUGAAUGACAAUGCCCCUGUACCAGAACCUCGAAUAUUACAAUUCUGCCAGAAGAAUCCGCAGCCUCGUAUCAUAAACAUCAUUGAUCCGGAUCUUCCCCCCAAUACUUCUCCCUUCACGGCUGAACUAACACACGGGGCAAGUGUCAACUGGACCAUUGAGUACAACGACCCAGGCCAAGAGUCUCUCAGUUUGAAGCCAAAGAAAACCUUGGAGGUCGGUGACUACAAAAUCAAUCUCAAACUCUUUGACAACCAGAACAAAGACCAAGUGACGACCUUAGAGGUCCAUAUAUGUGACUGUGAAGGGGCCGUUAACAACUGUGUGAAGGCAGAUUAUGCGGAAGCAGGAUUAGAAGUUUCUGCCAUUCUGGGUAUUCUCGGAGGAAUUCUUGCUUUGCUCAUCCUGAUUCUGCUGCUCCUGCUGUUCCUUCGGAGGAGACAGGUGGUCAAAGAGCCCUUACUGCCCCCGGAAGAUGACACCCGGGACAACGUUUAUUACUACGAUGAAGAAGGAGGUGGAGAAGAGGACCAGGACUUUGACUUGAGCCAGUUGCACAGGGGCCUGGAUGCUCGGCCUGAAGUGACUCGCAAUGAUGUCGCACCAACCCUCCUGAGUGUGCCCCAGUAUCGUCCCCGCCCUGCCAAUCCUGAUGAAAUUGGAAAUUUUAUUGAUGAAAAUCUGAAGGCAGCUGAUAGUGACCCCACGGCACCUCCUUACGACUCUCUGCUCGUGUUUGACUAUGAAGGAAGCGGCUCUGAAGCUGCUAGCCUGAGCUCUCUGAACUCGGAGGAGUCAGACCGAGACCAAGACUAUGACUACCUGAACGAAUGGGGCAAUCGCUUCAAGAAGCUGGCAGAUAUGUACGGAGGCGGUGAGGAUGACUAGGAGACUCGAGAGAUGGGUCCCUAGACCUGUGGGAUGAAAAAGCAGAAAUUGUGUUGCUGGCGGAUUUUCACCUCCCUUCACCAGAGAUGAGAUUCUGGGAAAAAAAGACUGAUCAGUGAUGCAGUUAGAAUAGUUUAAUUUCCACUUUUUAGCUCUAAUCUGUGUGUGUUGAAAAGGUUUUGCCUUACUCCUUGAAUCUUUAUUUUUUCUUUCAUCACUCCUUACGUGAGUAAUUUUAAUAUUUCUUUUUUUUUUGGCCGGGGCUAGGCUCAAACCUGCCACCUCUGGCAUAUGGGACCAGCGCCCUACUCCUUGAGCCACAGGCACCGCCCAGUAAUUUUAAUAUUUCAAAAGACCAACUUUAAACUCAGAAGGUUCUGCCAGCAACAUGCAGAUUUCCUUAAGUGGGUUUGCCUUAUUUUUUAAAGAAAGGGGAGGAGUCAGUUCUAGGUCUGUUGUUUUAUGUACAUUAAAAACAAUCUCCCUUCCCCCUGCCCCGCCUUUUUGUAUACUCCUUCCUUCCCCAUCACUGCACUGGUGCCCCAUGUCCUGACAUGCACUCUUACUCCUGAAUUGUAUCACUUUGCCCCACAUGGCAGUCCUCUGGUGCAGAAAUUACCAAGCCCUUUUAGGCUGCAUCUUGGUCUGGCCUCAUCUUGCCUGGAUAUUGUAUACUCCAAAAUCCUUUAAUGGUUUCCCUUUUCAUCUCUUGAGCACAUAACUUGAGAUGGCAUUUAUCCAUUUACUUGUUCUGAGUAAGAGUGUUUAUUUUUGUUGCAGUUUGGCUGGGGCUGGGUUUGAACCGGCCACCCUCGGUAUAUGGGGCUGACAGUAAGAGUGUUUAUUAUGUGAAUGUCCGUCAUUCUGGGGUACUUUGGUUCUAAACAGGGAGACUUGGCCAGAAACUGUGAUGAGUUUUCAGGUGCCACUUAAUUUUUAAUGUUUGUUUUUUAACACUGAGACAAAAAGCGAUACAUUCUGAGACAGAGAAUAGUGCCUAAAGAAAUGCGCCAAAGACAGAGGGGAAAUAGGAAAAGUGGAUGAAGAGAUGGCAAGAGAGCUUGUUAUUGAGUAAGUUUAGCAAACUGAUGCUGAGGAUGAUUGAGGUGGAUCUACCUCAUCUCUGAAAAUUCUGGAAGAAUGGAGGAAUGGAGAAAUUUCAACACUUGUUCACUACCCAGGAUCCUUGUAGCAUGGUUUGUUCCUGACACCCAGAACUCCCAAGUGCCUGCUUUUGAUGCUGGUUAUAGAAAAUGCUGACUGAUCUGAACAUGUUUGCCCAAUUCCAAGUGCACAUAGAACGCUGAGAAUAUUAGAAAUUCUAAUUUUUUCUUAGAAGCAAGAAGAAUACAUGGCCCUAAUGGGUGUUAUGCAAGGGGAAGUCGGGGUAGAGAGGAUCUUAAUUUGGAUCUUUUUGUAAAUUCACAGUGCAAAUUAUUUCACCUCUUGACAACCGUAAGAAAGAGUUUUAUUAAAAUAGCUUUACUGUCUGUCAAAUGUUUUUGAAGAAAAAAAUCAACUCUGCAAUCACUUCUUUGAAUUAUCUUGAUUUAUCUGCAGUUUAAGCUAUGUCUAAUAUAGUUCUGUAUAGAGAAUGUCAGUGUAGUUUCGAGUGUAUGUGUGUGGGUGCUAAUAAUUUUGUAUUUUCUUUGGGGGUGGAAAAGGAAAACAAUUCAGGCUGAGAAAAUUAUUCUCAAAAAUACAUUUUUAUAAAUUUUAUUAAAGAAUUUUGUUAAACCAUU